AUGGAAACGAAUAAGCUUCGAUCAGAAAUAAUUAGAGAUUCUGCAAGAAUUUUUGAUCUCAACAUUUUGACAUCACUACAAAAGGGCUCACCAAGCUACUGUGAAACCUACCUGGCAGAAAGGAUUGUUCACAUGCAAAAGAAGCAGAAUAUCGCGCUAGAAACAAGUCGACAUAUCGAAAAUUUGAGAGGCAUGCAAGCCGUACUACAAGACUGUGUUAAUGGCAAACGUUUAACUUCAAGGUAGAGCCCAGAACACAUUUAGACUUUCAUACAUGUAUUUCGAUGAAGCAUUCGCGCUUUUCCUGUCUUACAAUCCAGGUGCAAUUACAUCAAUGGUAAAUGACAGAGGUCAGAAAAAAAGGUUUAUUGACUUAAUUUGUCAUCCAAACCAUGGAAUUCCUGUGUAUGUUGUAAAGCGACAAUAUGUCCUCUUAAAAUCUCAUGAUGUGAACCUUGACUUGUUCUUUAAGGAUUUUUUUUCUGAUGAAGAAAAUCAAGCUCAUAGCAGCCUAUCCAAUGACGAAAUUGAUUACAUGAUUGACAGCUUGGAUACCGCAUGGGAUAAGAAAGUUAUGAAGGUUGUGCUAGGGACUGGACAUUGCAAAAAGCAAAAUUCAGAACUUGGAAUCGGCUUGAGAGUAAGCAAGUAUAGACGACAGGUAUUGAGUACCAUAGAGGCAAAGAAAGAACUGAGGUUAAAGGCAAAAGCUGUUGUGCUAGAAGAUCUCACUACAAGAAUUGGCAAGAUUGAAAAAAAUAUUAGCUGCCAGAAAAAUAAAUUGGAAAUUAAAUCCAAAAUUUGGAGCCAGAGCAAACUAGACGAAUUAGCUGAACAAAUAGAUGAUCUUGAAGAAAGGAAGAAAACGUAUGAGAAAUACGUACAUGAGAAAGAUAACUCGAAAAGUUUUGCAGAGAUGGUCUCACGCAAAUAA